AUGGACUCCUGUAGUCUUGCUAUAGAGAUCAGAGAUGUUCGGGCGCCCUCGCAUGCGUCGCUGACUCGUAAGACUAUCAGAGCCAUGGCAGGCAUACUUCCAAGGGAGCCUCCUGUUCCUACGGACAAUGACCCGAUCGCAUUGCUAAGAGUUCCAUGCAACGUGACCAAGGUAGCGGUUGCAGGAAACAGGAGAACGAAACGAGCGCUGAUCGAGGCCGAGCUAUCUUCCUCCUUGCGAUCCAAGAACCAUGAGGAGCUCGCCGUCGAGCUUGCGCUGGCCAGUCAAAGGCUGGAGGACCUUGACAUCUUCAAGAAGGUUGCUUGCGAGGUUGACAUCGACCCUGAAGGGGAGAAGGACGCCGUCAUGGUCAGCGUCAAGCUGCAGGAGAAAGGAACACACACCCUAUCCACCGGCACCUACAUGCAAGGAGGGGAGGGGAACGUUGAAGUCUCUUGGACCAUGAGGAACAUGUUGGGCAAUGCAGAGAAGGUUCAGAGCAACCUUUCUGUCGGUCACAAGACGAGCAACAGCUUCCGGCUCGAGGGUUCGCAGCCCUUGUUCUUUGGGAGCUCUGUGAAGAUGAACGGAAGUAUCUUCCAAUCUGUUGCAAACCUGGUCAAGCACAGCUCAUUUACAGAGCGUCAGAGGGGCAUCAGUUUCGGACUAGCUUCGAUCCCUGACGGCGAUGGGGAGCAUGAAAUCUCGUACGAGGGAGCUUGGAGAACGGUCAAGUUUGAGAAGGGAUCGCUAGUCUGCGAUCCAAGCGAGGGAGGAGACUCGUUCAAGUCCUCCAUCCGGCACGUGUUCAACCAUGACACAAGGGAUGACACCAGGGUCCCAUCAAGCGGUUUUCUGUUCCGUAGCACGGCCGAGCUGGCCGGGAUCGGAGGAGACGUCAAGUUCCUCAAGAAUGUUGUUGACGUGCAGGCAAGAGAUCGGGAUUACAAGAUGAGAUGA